CUCGACAACACUCAUUAUCGGCUCAGGAAAAGUGACGUGCCACUGAGUUGCUGUAUACCAACAGGUUAAUAAUAGGCAGAAGUGAACAGUGGACACAGACGUACCUGGGGGACAUCAACAGUGACAACCGAUUAAAUACCACAGUGAUUAUCGAACUAAGGGUCUAAGAUCCAGUGAUGGUGAGUGUGGCUAGACUGGUGUUUAUGCUGGGGCUGCUGCUGUGUCUGGGAGCCCAGCUGUCUUCCUCCCAGCACUGGUCCCAUGGCUGGUACCCUGGGGGCAAGAGGGAGCUGGACUCAUUUACCACCUCUGAGAUUUCAGAGGAGAUUAAACUCUGUGAGGCAGGAGAAUGCAGCUACCUGAGACCCCAGCGAAGGAACAUCCUUAAAAACGUUAUUUUGGAUGCCCUGGCCAGAGAAUUUCAGAAGCGAAAAUAACCUUAGACAACCUAUCAACCGUGGCUGAUUUAAGUCCUUCCUUGUCUCUUCUGUCUGUUUCCUUCAUGACCUCUAUUCUAAUCUCAUGUGAUUUGGUCCAAUUUUGUGGUUUAUCCACUUUGAUAAUCAUAUAGCAUCACUCUUUACCAUUGCAUUCUCCUUCUGUCCCCUUUUUGCUGCUGUGGACUAUCAAUUACAGAUGUAACAUCAUGCACAUGCCAUUUCCUUUAAUAAAGUAUCUAUUUUGUUAUUAAUGUC